AUGGAAACAUCGUCUUAUGGUUCGAGAUUCUCAUUCAGUGUUUUCGAAGUUGCUUCUCGAAAGCCCUCUUAUCGGUUUCAGCGACAGGCAAUCGAGGCCAUCACAGAUGUUAAGGUGAAGGAUAAAUUUCAGGCCAGUAUUACCGGUCUGAGAUUAUCUGGCGCUUGGGUCAUAUGGUUGAUUGAAGAACUGGGAAGAGCGUGCGUAGCGUUUGUAUGGGCAUUGGCAAACCUAGUACUCGACUUGUCAUCGAAAGUUUCGGGGCCUCUGACAACUUCACUGAGCCAGUGCGGACUCGGGGUUUCGCGGGUUACGCACCAGGCAUUCAGCUUCAGACUUCCCGGCGCGUCACAUAUCCCCAAGACUGCCACCCGGGAAGAGCUGAGUGUGGCCCUUAUAGAAGCCGCCGCGACUGGCUCGUUACGAAACGCGAAAGCCCUCCUUAAGCGGGGAGCACGGUGCACCGUACGCGACGAGGACCUCAUGACGCCCCUACAUUUAGCUGCAAGCUGGGGACACUACGCGCUCGUGAAACUCCUACUAAGCUACAAAAAUAAGGAUUGGUUUGCUCAGGGAGGUAUUACGCCAAUCCAUCUUGCGGCGAGAUAUGGACACAGCAAGGUGGUGAAGCUACUGAUAUCGAAUGGUGGGCAUGAUUGGAUAAACGAUAGGGCUGAUAGUCAAGGGACCUUGGAAAAGUUCAGGUAUCCCCGAGUUAUCUCGUACGCAAAGACCUUUUCGGCACGAGAACUGGCUGCUAUAUAUGGCCAUGAAAACGCAGUACUUGCCUUCCCAUCAACCAAGAAAGAUGACAUUCUUCAGGCCAUGUCGUCUGCGUGUGCGUUAGGAAACCAGAGCAUGGUAGAAACGAUAUGGCGCCAUCACGAGCAGAGAUCAUACUUCAAAAGAAACUCAAACCCGACAAAGCUGGCCAGCACGUUCAAAGCACCGCCGCUUCACCUAGCAGUCACUUCGGGAAACCCUGCACUUGUCGCGUAUCUCCUUGAGCGUGGGUUUCCCGUCAAUGACCAAGGCACCGUCGAGGGUUCGCAGUAUAGCUCUCCAGCGCACUAUGCCGCUAUGAUUGGCUCCGUAGAGAUUCUUCAUCUUCUAAAGAGUAGCGGAAGCGCUGUGACAAGCCUGGACUUCUGGAACCGGACACCUCUAUCGUAUGCCAUUCAGCAUGAGCAUAUAGGGAUUUAG